CGAAAUCUCGUUCCGAACGGACGCCCCAGAAGAAAAGCGGAGAGCAACGCGGAGCAUAAGAGCGCGCACGCCCAAGGAAAUCGGAGGGAAAGCAUAUUUUCCGCCAAAAAACCUCAAACGACAACAGAAAACCCUCUCGCACCCACACACAACUACGCAGUUGCUACGCAUUCAUCGCGCUGGUAGUGUGGUGUUCGUCGCAAGAUAGUACACUUGUGGUGUUUAAACCAUUUUCACCGUUCAGUGGAGACGAUUUUUUCGGCAACGGCGUGCACAACACAGAGACUUUUCCUAGUGUAUCGAGCAGUAGUAGCUAGUGGUGUGAGUGUUUUCGUGUGGUGCGUGACACGAGCGACAGAUAGUGAAUUUCACCGAAAAUAAAAACGGAAAUAACUCGGCGAGCGGGCGACGAGCGUCCUCGGUACAUCCUAGGAAACGAUCGUGCUUUCAAGAGUCCACCAAGAGGAUAGCAAAGGGAUCGUUAAGUCGAGAGAUCUUUGGCAAAGCUUUUAAUAGGAAACCAACCGAGCAACCGAGGAAACCGAGCUCGCGAGUAACUGGCGUUUUCGAAGUAUACCAGUGCUAAGUGGACAGUCAGACAGAAAGCGUCUAGUCUAAUAGUAGUAGCAGCAGAAGCAGCAGAUUACUAACAGACAGUAACAGUGAGGUGCGAUCACGAUCGAGCGAUGGAUAACUACAAGAAGAAAACACCCGGCCGGGUGCAGCAACAUCUGGAGUACACCCAAAUUCGGCCACAGCUUACCGGGAGCACCAAGUCGAUCCAGGCCAACCAUUAUAUCUUCGGCCGCAUGAAGUCGGAACUGAAUGAUGUGCCGGUGCAGACGGUGGCCGGCUCUACGCUGCCGCUUGUCGAUAUGCCCAAAGACGACGAGGAGGCCGGAGCAUACAAUCCGUUCGAGAACCGGAAGCUAACGCACCCGACCACCGACACCGAGACGCUGGUUCACCUGCUGAAGGGUUCGCUUGGUUCCGGAAUUCUCGCGAUGCCACUGGCCUUCGUCAAUGCGGGGCUGUGGUUUGGCUUGGUGGCCACGCUGGCCAUCGGUGCCAUCUGUACGUACUGUGUGCACAUUCUGGUACGCUGUUCUCAUAUUCUGUGCCGUCGAGCUCAACUACCAUCGCUCGGAUUCGCCGAUGUAGCCGAGGUCGCUUUCCUGGCUGGACCGGAUUCGCUGAAGAAGUACUCCCGUCUGGCCCGCUUCAUCAUCAACCUGUUUCUGGUGAUUGAUCUGAUCGGUUGCUGCUGUAUCUACAUCGUGUUCGUGGCGACCAACAUCAAGCAGGUGGUCGACCAUUACACUCAAUCGUACUGGGAUGUGAGGAUCUACAUCGUGCUCCUGCUCGUACCACUGAUCCUGAUCAAUCUCAUCCGCAAGCUGAAGUAUCUGACCCCGUUCUCCAUGAUUGCGAAUGUGCUCAUCGCUACCGGAGUGGGCAUUACGUUGUACUACAUCCUUACCGAUCUGCCGGCCCUGUCGGAGCGUAAGGCCAUUGCAGAGGUACAGCAUCUUCCGAUGUUCUUCGGUACCGUGAUCUUCGCCCUCGAGGGCAUCGGUGUAGUGAUGUCGCUCGAGAACAACAUGAAGAACCCACAGAACUUUAUCGGAUGUCCCGGAGUGCUCAACACCGGUAUGUCGGUUGUGGUGAUCAUGUACUCGCUCGUUGGUUUCCUCGGUUAUCUGAAGUACGGCGAAGACACGAAGGGCAGCAUUACGCUGAAUCUGCCAGUUGAGGAUGUAUUGGCCCAGAUGGUGAAGCUGAUGAUUGCGCUCGCCAUUUUCCUCACCUACAGUCUGCAGUUCUACGUUCCGAUGGAAAUUAUUUGGAAGAAUGUCAAGGGUAACUUCAAUGAGCACCAGAACGCCGCUGAAUACGCGUUGCGGAUCGGUCUUGUGAUCCUUACCGUUGUGAUCGCGGCUGCUCUACCGAACCUUGGCCCCUUCAUUACGCUCAUCGGUGCCGUCUGCCUGAGCACGCUCGGUAUGAUGUUCCCGGCUAUCAUCGAACUGGUGACGUUCUACGAAAAGCCCGGCUUUGGACGGUUCAACUGGCGGCUGUGGAAAAACAUUUUCCUCAUCCUGUUCGGUGUGGUUGGUUUCGUGACCGGCACCUAUGUCAGUAUUGUCGAGUUCUCGGAGCACCUUCAGGAGGAAUAAACGCGUCGUACCCCCGGCACUUCAUCGUACCGUACGUUCGCGAGAAUGUAAGGUAGUGUGUGAAUCGUGUGCGACCACACGUUUGCAUCCAGUGCAUCAUCACAAGAGUUCCGCCGGAUAUGCCGGUCCAGCCUAUGGGUGGCAUCAUUAAUUGUCGAACCGCUAACCGGAGUGGUAUGGUGUUGGACUUCCGCACCGGUUGGUUUGUGCUCGCGAUCGCAGGAAUCUCUUCGCGUAGAUGGGCACUUUGUGUGCGAUUAGAAGUGACCCCUAGUGGCUGCUCAUGUUUUUAACUUUUAUCUGUUCCCCAUUCGUAUACCCCGUUCCAAUGUCCAGUUCCUUUGGCACCAGUGUCAAUGCCCUCUAUAGUCCAUGGCUCGUGUCUAAUCUUCUGUUUGUUAUCGUUAAGCAUGAAACCCCCAAACCUUUGGCUCGAAUCUGAUUUGAGCUACAUAUCUGCGAUAUUUAAGGAAAACUAAAGAACAAAAUACGAAAACGUCUUGUCUUCGGCUCAACUCGAAUUGCUUUGAUUUGCGACAGCACAAAAUCCAGAUACAGCGGUCUCGAGCGAGACCAACGUAAUUGAUUAGACCAUACCAAACGUCACGAACGAUCCUCAACAGAUCAUCAGACCAGACUCUUAACGUUAGUGAACUAGAAAUGAUAAUGCCAUUCGAAGGAAACGGAUUCGACCGAGAGUCCGGCGCUCCAGAGAGGAAAAGUAGUCAUGUGCCUAGUGCCUAGCCACGCUAGAUUGUGAUGCUGAGCUUUCUUCUAUUGUUUAAGGGUGUAUGUUCUGUUCUCCUAGACAGGGGAGUGACGAGAGCGAAAAGAUUAUUUAUCGACUUUACUUUCUGUACCACUCCCUAAGGGCGUACCGUGUACAUGGAAGAUAGUUCCUGGUUGAUCUGCCAUUAGUAGCAUCGUAGUGUAGUGCAAGCGAAGGAAGAGGAAUGACUGUGGUUCUAUUUCGUUCAACGGACUCUGAAAGGACAAUCUAAAACAAAGUUGGUGAAAAGACAAGUAGAAAUGAAUUGAUGUACAGCCCAGCCGAAUUGAAAGUCAAAUUUUAAUGUCUUUAGAGUAGGUCUGCAGAGGUGAAUGGUGCCGCUGCUUCAACAUGUAUUAUGCCCAGGAUAUGCCCCAGAGUCUUUGAUAUUUCUUCCGUAAUCAAAUGAAUUUGGCUUUAUGAAAUUUGGAAUUGAGUUAUUUUAGACGAUUUUAUUUUGAAAGAUACUAGAAUUUUAUCAAGUAGAUUGUAAGAACCUUAAUACUGUAUUGCGAAUGAACACGUUUUGCAAUCUAAUUAUUCAAUAAACGAACCCUCUAUGGGGAUGUAUUAAACAUGA